CAUAAGUCAUGCAGGAUGGAGUUGCAGGCUGGAGCCAAAUUGCUGCUGCUGCUGUGGGUGAUAUACUGUGGACAUGCACAGAUAAUUAGGCAAGAAGCUCGAUAUGCAUCGAUUGUUGAAGUGACCAACGGUGGGACCUGGGGUGACUGGGCCUGGCCUGAGAUGUGUCCUGAUGGAUACUUUGCCAGUGGGUUCUCCAUCAAGGUGGAACCCCCUCAAGGCAUUCCUGGAGAUGACACAGCUCUGAACGGGAUCCGGCUGCACUGUACUAGAGGGAAUGCUGAACAAAACACCCAUGUUGUGGAGUCCCAAUCUGGAAGCUGGGGCUCGUGGAGCGAGCCUCUGUGGUGUCCUGGCACGCACUACCUAAUAGCUUUCUCCCUUCGGGUGGAACCAUUUUCAUUUCCUGGAGAUAACACCGCGGUGAAUAAUGUGCGCUUCCGUUGCUCAGACGGUGUGGAACUGGAGGGGCCUGGGCUGAACUGGGGAGAUUAUGGAGACUGGAGCGACUCCUGUGCCAAAGGUGUCUGUGGCUUGCAGACCAAAAUCCAGAAGCCUAGAGGGCUCCGUGAUGACACUGCACUUAAUGAUGUCAGGGUAUUCUGCUGUAACAGCUGAUGAUGUUGCCGCCACUGCCCACGCUCCCACUGGACCCUGUCAGCACUGUGCCUCUUACUAUUAAAGCUUCUUGGUCUCUGCUGUCACUUGAUUUAGAAA